CCUUUUUAGUGGAACAAUCACUAUUUAAGCAUAGAAAUCCAUUAUUUCAGCAUGUGAAAGGCUACUAAAGCAUUUAUGCAAGAUAUUCCAUCUCAUUUUCUCCUACUAAACUGCCUCCACGCUUUCUUUAUUUAAGUCCAAACUUUGGCAACACAAGACAUGCCAAAGUCACCAACGAUAAACAAACAUUGUGGUUAAGUCAUACGUUAUUUAAUAUAGUUUAUCCAAAUAAAUAAAUAGAUUUUUUAUCAUGAAUAUAUCAAGGCUAAGGUGCCUUAUUGCUUGUCGCCCCAUUGCCCAACAAUUUCUAGUUUCCUCGGAGAUAAACUACCCUCAGAGGCUCCUUUCGACCACCACAUGCGACGUGAACCCCACAAAACAGCAAGAGGGGCUCCUAACAAGGUUCUUAAAGAAAAUCCCCUUUUUAAAAGUGGACACAGUGAAAACCAAGGCUGCCGGAUACCUUUUGUAUGAAAACAUCGCGGACAGACUGGACUACCUUAAGUUCUUUGAAAAGUUCGAACUACCGGACACUUUUUACUCCUGGUUUGUGAUCACCGAGAUCCACAUAUGGAUGUUGUCAGCGAGGGCAAUGGCCGAGGGGGAGCAAGGAAAAGUGCUCCGGAAUGCCAUUGUGGAAGCACUUUGGACUGAUGUGGCCAAGAGGGCCAAAAAACUCGGUGCUGCCAAUCCUUCUGCCACCAAAGCACAAAUUAAUGAACUCUCUGAGCAGUUACAGGCAGCAUUUAUAGCUUAUGAUGAGGGGCUACAGUCGGAUGACACUGUUUUAGCCGGAGCCCUAUGGAGAAGGGUUUAUCAGAGGAAUUAUGCGGCCCCACAACAUUUAGAAGAAAUUGUUAAAUAUAUCAGGAAACAUAUGGCCCUAUUAGAUACCCUUACAGUAGAACAGUUAUUAGCAGUGAAACCAGUAAAAUGGGAACAGUUGACCUGAGUUCUUUUAUGAUUAAGUUGUAAAUAUUGUUGUGUUUAUUUAUGAAUAAAAUUGGUCAAAUACUA